CUUCGUUGGAAGAUGGUGGACUGUUGAUUAGUUGUUUUGAAUUAAUUUUGACUUAAAAAGUGAAAAUGUCUCAUAGUAAUGUGAUAAAUGAGAAGAAAAAGGCUCUGUUAGCUUAUAAAGAUAAGAUAGAAGAUGAAAUUAAAUACUACGAGAAAACUAUCGAUGAGUUUCGUGUCAAUCAUAAAAAUAUCAGCUUUUACGAUGAUUCCGACAGUUCAGACUCGGAAGAUGAAUUCCCGUUUGCAGUGGACACAGGUCCGUCAAUAAGCGAGUUGAAACUGAAACAGGCGUUACUGAAAACAUGUCUUCAUGCAACUCAAGAGCUAACAAGUUUGACUGUAUUGCAGUCUGAAGUGGAACUGCUGGUCGAAGAGCCUAAAAUUGAAGGUGAGCCACCGAUAACGGAGCCUGGAACUUGGAAGGAGGUGACUGCGGAGUGCAGCAUAGACCUCAUACCCUUCACCAUUACAUUUUACAUGCAUACUCCUGCAUACAAAUUCGCCCCCACCUCGUACCGUGGUCUCCGAGUUGUACCAGUGAAGGGUUCCCAUGAACUGGAGCUCUCCAAGUCUGUGCUGCAAAGCUUGAAGGUGCCCAGUGAUGCUGUGGAGGUGCUGCGCAGUUAUGCCGAGGGGUACCGCUCCAGGCGCACGACCCUCGCUCGGUUAGCUAAUAAAUACGCUAACUCCCUAUUUAUGGAGCCCCAUCCUGAAGGAGGCUUCAUCCUGAAAUGCGCUGGUCUCCUAGAAGUAUCUUGGAGGCUGGAGAACAAGUGGUCGCCGGUCGCACCUUUCCAUCACAAGAUGAAGUUCGAUUUGGAGUAUAUGGAGGAAUCCUACAUCAAAAUAAUAACACAAGCCCACAAACAACUAUUAGACCCAACAAUACAGACAGACGAACGGACUUUAUUACUAGCUAAAAUCAUCGCGACAUGUCUAGAAGCUAGAGGCCCAGUCGAGGAUUCAGAUCUUGAGUCUAAAACGACAGAAAGAGACAACGAUAUAGAGAAAAGAGACAGCGAAGUAAUGGCUCCACCAAAGUCUCUUCCUAAGAAAGGAAAGCAGAAAGUUAAAGAUAAUUCAGAUAAUAAUGCUGUUAAAAGGAAUUUGGCUGAUGAAGAUAAAGAUUCUUCAGCCAAAAAGAUGAAAAAUGAUAAUCAAAAUGAUGUAGCUAAUAUAAAUUCAUCUGAUAACGUUAAGAGAGCUAAAAAUUCUGAUGUUGCUACUGAAGACGGAAUACCUGAUGGUAAGCAAACACCGCCGCCCAUGGACACUCACAACAUCAAAGGAGUUACGAGUUCGUUGCUGGCCUUUUACGGAUAAAGGUUUCGGAUAUUUAGAGAUUGGGAAGGGGAAAAUCAUUUAUAUGGAGCUAAUGAUCUACGCAUUUAGUACAAUUCGGUGAGAAAUCUAAUGAUGAUGAAUCUAUUAUAUAUUUAUAGUAUUGACGCGCAUCAACCUUGGACUAACAGUUAAUGCUAGUCAAAUUGGUGGUUAAUUGUAUUGGCUAUGUGCGCGACAGUGGCGACGCGUAGCGUUUACAACAUUUGCGGAAGCUGUCAAAUAAUAACAAUGUAAACAUUAUAAUUUUCUUUGCAAAUAUAAAUAAAACCAGAGGUUAAAAUAUUAUUGUUCACAUUAUUUAAGCUUUUACUGUGAAAUGAAUAUAAUAAUAAAAACCGACAGCUGAUCGUCCGCAUUUGUUUUCAAUUUCUGCCGUGUUGUGCGCUGCGGUCUUUAUCUGUCCGCCACUACUCGCUUUGCACAUAGCCAAUAGGCAAACGAGCAAACGGAUUACCUGAUGGUAAGCAAUUAAGCCGCCCAUGGACAUCCGCAACACCAGAAGAAGCGAAUUUUAUCGAUGAUGAAGAGUUAUAAGUUCAUUAUCAAAAGUUUUCUCACCAUAUUUGAUAAAAAUGAUGGUCUAUUAAAAUAUGCGUAGGUUAUGAACUUAGUUUUUUUAAUAUGCAGAAGAAAAUAAAUAUUUAUUUAGUACGGCGAGAAAGUAACUAGGUAUAGGUUGGUUAGGUUCAAUGGUUACCCAAGAUGUGGCUUCGAUACGUACAAUACGGUAGUUUCCAACUAGUCAAAUUCAAUACUUUUAUCCAAAUGUCAAAAACGAUACUUUUCU